AUGUACCCGGCCAGCGAGGGUGUCCCCGGCCAGCGAGGGUGUACCCGGCCAGCGAGGGUGUCCCCGGCCAGCGAGGGUGUCCCCGGCCAGCGAGGGUGUCCCCGGCCAGCGAGGGUGUCCCCUAGCCAGCGAGGGUGUCCUCGUCCAGCGAGGGUGUCCCCGGCCAGCGAGGGUGUCCCCAGCCAGCGAGGGUGUCCCCCGCCAGCGAGGGUGUCCCCGACCAGCGAGGGUGUCACCAGCCAGCGAGGGUGUCCCCCUAGCCAGCGAGGGUGUCCCCGUCCAGCGAGGGUGUCCCCGGCCAGCGAGGGUGUCCCCAGCCAGCGAGGGUGUCCCCAGCCAGCGAGGGUGUCCCCGUCCAGCGAGGGUGUCACCAGCCAGCGAGGGUGUCCCCUAGCCAGCGAGGGUGUCCCCGUCCAGCGAGGGUGUCCCCGGCCAGCGAGGGUGUCCCCAGCCAGCGAGAGUGUCCCCGGCCAGCAAGGGUGUCCCCAGCCAGCGAGGGUGUCCCCAGCCAGCGAGGGUAUCCCCGGCCAGCGAGGGUGCCCCCGGCCCGCGAGGGUGUCCCCGGCCAGCUAG